AUGGAGUGCACCUCCUCCUCCUCCGACCGGCCGCGCGAGCCGGUUCGAGCCUUCUCCAGGGCGCCCUCGACCCUCGCUCUGCUGGGAAAUACCUGGCACGCGCCUGAAAGAUCGCCGGCCGUUCCCGGGCUCGGCCGCCGGUCCUUCUCGCUGAUCGAGAUGCACAUGCGCCAGGGCUCCGCGCCGCGCCUGCGGGAGUUUCGGCCGGCGCCAGUUUUCCACAAACACGACUCGGUCCUCGGCGCGCACGCGGUGGUGCGAGACCUCGAGGCGAUGGGAGGCCUCAUCUCCUCGUCGCACUCGCUGUCGAGGCUGCCGUCGGCGCCUCCCCGCUCGUCGUCAUCUGAACCGCCGCCGCAGCCUGGCGAAGCCGCGGCCGUCGAGGGUCCCAAGCAGGAGCCGCCACCGGCGGAGGCGUUUUGCACGCGGCCGCACGCCAUCGGCGCCGCGUCGGGUCUCCUCCUGUUUGGCUGGCUGCAGUUUGUCGAGCUCUCUGCCGAGCAGCCGCUCGCCAACGAGAUGCUCGCCGUUGUCGCCCUCGUCGCCGUCUUUUGGAUGUUUGAGGUCCUCCCGCUGCCCGUCACGUCGCUGCUGCCGAUGCUCCUCAUCCCUGCGUUUGGGAUCCUGGACCACAGCCUGGUCGCGUCCGCCUACUGGGGCCCGGUGCAGAUGAUGUUUGUGGGCGCCUUCAUCGUCGACGUCGGCAUCGAGCACGUGAUGCUGCACCAGCGCCUCGCCCUCAACAUCCUCCUCCGCACCGGCGUCGAGCGGCCGUUUGUCGUGCUCGCCUCCUUCUCGGCCAUCUCGUUUUGCUUCUCGUCCGUCUGCUCAAACACGGCCACGGUCGUGAUGCUCGUCCCCUUCGCCACCGGCCUGCUCGACACGGCCGCGGAGCAGGCGCGCGCACGCGGCGAGGAGCACCAGGCCGCGAGCCUGCAUGCGGGCGUGCUGCUCGGCAUCGCGUUCGCGGCAAACGGCGGCGGCAUCGCCACGCUCGUCGGCACGCCACCAAACGGCGUCCUUGCCGGACAGCCCUCGCUGCACGGUGAGGUUGGGUUCGCCAAUUGGUUCCUGUUUGCGGCGCCGAUCGCGUGUUGCACUCUCCUCAUCGCGCUGACCGUGCUGCACUUUGGCGUCGUCGCCGCGGGCGCGCUGGCCUUGCAGGUCUUCCUGUGGGUCUCGCGGCCGUACUUGCUCGAGCCCGUCUUUGGCCCCGGCCUCGGAGAUUCGGCGACAGCUUGCGGCGCGGCGGUCCUCCUCUUCGUCGUCCCCUCGUCGGAGCGGCCCGGCGAGAGCGUGCUCACCUGGAGCGUCGCGCAGCAACACCUCCCGUGGGGCAUCCUCCUCCUCCUCGGCGCCGGCUCUGCCAUCGCCUCGCCGAGAUCACCCGAGAGCGCCGGCUUUGCCAUCGCCGCGGGGUGCGAGGCGUCGGGCCUCACCACCGCUCUCGGAGGCUCGCUCGCCGAGGCGCUGUCGGGCCUCACGGAUUUGCCGCUCGUCAUCACGAUCGUCGCCGCCGUCUCGCUCCUCACACAGCUCACCUCAAACACCGCCACCGCAAACACGCUCCUCCCGCUGCUCAACGCCGUCGCAAAGGCCAAGCUCACCAACCCGCUGCUGCUGCUGCUGCCCACCACCAUCGCGUGCAGCUUCGCCUUUGUGCUCCCAGCCGCCACGGCGCCAAACUCGGUCAUCUUUGCGACCGAGCGCCUCGACAUCGCCGACUUUGUCGUCAACGGCGGGAUCACCACGGGCCUCUCCAUCGCCAUAUGCAGCCCGCUGGUCUACCUCAUGGCCGACACGGUCUUCGACGUGCGAGCGCCGUACCCGCGCUGGGCCUGUGACGACCCGGAGAGCUGCGCUUGGGUCGCCGUCGCCGGCGAGGUGGAUGGCUCGUCUGUGGAGGAGCAGGCGUGCGCCGUCGUCAGCGAUGAGAGCUGCCGGCUGCGCAACGGCACGCUCGUAGACCUCGCCGCCACACUGGCCGAGACCGCAGAGCCGCCCUGA